GGACCAGCAAAACUCUGCGUAUUUUUAUCAAUUUUCUUCGUCUUCUCUCCCGACGAAAUAUUGGACCAGAUAAAACGCUCUCUACCUUUUUGUCUAAGACGUGUACUUCACUUUCCAAGGCUUCUUCGUCGGUGUGUUACUUUCUCUGUUCAGGAAGAAAAAGCUUGGAACGAAUACUGUGAAGCAGGAUGGAUGGUGAUGGUUCUUCCGGGAGACUUAUCGGCUCUGAGAUUCAUGGAUUCCAUACCUUACAAGAUCUUGAUGUACAGACAAUGUUGGAGGAAGCAAGAAGUAGGUGGCUCCGUCCUAAUGAGAUUCACGCUGUCCUCUCUAAUCCUAAAUACUUCACCAUCAAUGUCAAACCUGUCAACUUACCAACCAGUGGCAGAAUCAUACUGUUUGAUCGUAAGAUGUUGAGGAACUUCAGAAAAGAUGGUCAUAACUGGAAAAAGAAAAAAGAUGGAAGGACUGUUAAAGAAGCUCACGAACACCUCAAAGUCGGUGACGAGGAAAGGAUUCAUGUAUACUAUGCACACGGUGAAGAUAACACUACCUUUGUUCGGAGGUGUUAUUGGUUACUAGAUAAGGCUCGAGAGAACAUUGUCCUUGUACAUUACCGUGACACACAAGAGGCAGCGACGACAUCAGGGGACUCGAACUCUCAUUCAUCAUCAAAUCUUGUGGCAGUUGAAGAUAUCGACUUUAACCCUGAUGACUCACUUUAUCUAGGAAUCAACAACACUCCAGUUGUAAAAACUCAUGAGACUAGGCUUCAUGAUAUCAAUACGCUUGAUUGGGAUGAGCUGCUAGUACAAAGUGAUCUUGACAACCAAUCCGCACCAAUCGUUGAUGAUAUGUCAUACUUCACAGAACAUCUCCAAAAUGCCACAAAAGACACUGCAGAGCAUCUGACAGUGGCUGAUGAAUCUCUUGACGCUUUGCUUAACAAUGGUCCGCAAAGCCGAGAGAAUUUUGGUAGGUGGAUGAAUUCCUUCAUCGGCGACCCUAAUGGUUCCUUGGAGGAUCCGUCCUUUGAAGCCAUGGUUACACUUGACCAGAAUCCAUUAGCUCCUCAAGCUACAUUUCAUCCUCACUCUGACUUACCUCAGCAAGUGUUCAACAUAACCGAGGUUUCACCUGCUUGGGCCUAUUCAUCAGAGAAAACAAAGAUUGUGGUAACUGGUAUAUUGCACAACAGUUAUCAACAUCUAGGAAGUUCAAACCUUUUCUGCAUCUGUGGCGACUCUUGUGUCCCUGCAGAGUAUGUCCAAGCGGGAGUCUACCGUUGUUUCAUACCUCCUCACUCGCCUGGCAUGGCCAACCUCUAUCUUAGUGCAGAUGGACACGAGCCAAUAAGCCAGUGUUUCACCUUCGAACACCGCCCAGCCCCAGUUUCUGCCAAGCCCGUUCAUGAAAACGAUCAAGAAUCCAAAUGGGAAGAGUUUGAGCUCCAAGUCAGACUUGCUCAUCUUCUCUUUACCUCUUCCAACAAACUCAACGUUCUCUCCAGCAACAUCUCACCUGAAAACUUUCUAGAUGCUAAAAAACUCUCCAACAAGACUUCUCAUCUCUUGAACAGUUGGGCUUAUCUGAUCAAGUCUGUUCAGGGGAGUAAGGUGUCGUUUGAUCAAGCGAAAGACCAAAUCUUCGAGCUUACUCUGAAGAACAGGAUUAAGGAAUGGCUGAUGGAGAAAGUGCUUGAAGGUCGCAACGCACGGGACUAUGACUCUAAAGGCCUCGGUGUGAUCCACCUCUGUGCCAUUCUUGGGUACACUUGGUCUAUCCAGCUCUUUUCGUUGUCAGGUUUAUCAUUAGACUUCCGUGAUAAGCAAGGAUGGACUGCUCUUCAUUGGGCUGCAUACUACGGAAGGGAGAAAAUGGUGGCUGCUCUUCUCACUGCUGGGGCUAAACCAAACUUGGUGACAGACUCGAGAAAGGACAAUCUUGGUGGAUGCACGCCCGCUGAUCUGGCACAGCAAAACGGGUUUGAUGGUAUAGCUGCUUACCUUGCUGAGAAAUGUUUGGUAGCUCAGUUUGUAGCCAUGAAGCUUGCUGGAAACAUUAGUGGAACCCUGGAGACUUGCAAGGGGGAGAUGUCAAACCAAGGCCCUCUCCCUGACGAUGAGCAGAACCUUAAGGACGCUUUGGCGGCAUACAGAACAGCUGCAGAAGCAGCGGCUAGGAUUCAGGGAGCGUUUAGGGAGAAGGCUUUGAAGGCGGCACGGUCAAAAGUGAUCCAGUUUGAGAACAAGGAAGAAGAGGCUAAGAGCAUAAUCGCGGCGAUGAAGAUUCAGAACGCAUUCCGCAAGUACGAUACGCGUAGGAAGAUAGAAGCUGCUUACAGGAUCCAGUGUAGGUUCCAAACAUGGAAAAUGAGAAGGGAGUUCUUGAAUAUGAGGCGUCAAGCAAUUAGGAUCCAGGCGGCAUUCAGGGGGUUACAAGCAAGGAAGCAGUACAGGAAGAUCUUAUGGUCGGUAGGAGUGUUGGAGAAGGCAAUAAUCAGGUGGAGACAAAAGAGAAAAUUGUUUAUAGGACUCCAAGUGAGCGAAGCUGAAGCAGAAGAAAAAGCAGAGGAAGAUUUCUACAAGGCGAGUCAGAAACAAGCAGAGGAGAGGCUUGAGAGAUCUGUAGUGCGGGUCCAAGCCAUGUUCAGGUCUAAGAAAGCUCAAGAGGAUUACAGGAGGAUGAAACUUACUCAUGAAGAAACUCAGUUGGAGUAUGAGUUCUUGCAUGAUGUUUGAUUAGAAAAUGGUGGCUAUUGAGAGGUGGAUCCAAGAGAGUUUGGUGUGGAGUAUUGAUGCUCUUGAUCUGUAAACUACUUUCCACCUUCCCCUAAACUGGUUUAGAAUAAAAUAUUACAUAACUAAGCCAAUCUCUGUUGUUGGUGGUUUUAUGGGAAAUGAUAAACAAAUUUAACAAAUACUAGUAAAUUUAUCUAUUUCUAAAAUUGAGUUCGUCUG